UAAAUAUAGUUAAAAUAAAAUCGUAACUAGAAUGUUAAUAUACAAAGUACGUUUAAAAUGGCGAACUGGCAAAAUAUUUUAACGGAUAUAAUGGUAGAGAUUUACAAAUACCUUCCCAGAAGAGAUAAAUUAUCAUGUUCUAUGGUUUGCACACAUUGGAAAGAUGCCUUGGACAUUUCCGAUCUAUGGUCAAAUAUGAUUGUUCACAUUGAUACAGAUUUAAUGGAACCCAGUACUAUAAUUUUUAGUAGAUACUUUAACAAAUAUAUAAAAUCGUUGGAGAUUGGAUGGGCUUUCCCUCAAAGACCCAGUCGCUGGUUGCCAUUUAAGCAUAAAGAUCUUACUAAGAGAGCAGUUAGGCUUUUUAAUAUUUUAAAUGAUUCCAGGGUACAAUUGAGUUCUAUUAAGAUCUUUGAUUGGUAUGAUAUAUUUAGGUUCAAAAAAAUUAUUUACCACUUGGCCAGAUUCCUCUUGUAA